AUGCCCCCACUCCCACCUUCUUCGCCCAUCUCGCACAAAAUUGUUGUUGGAACCAUUGCAGUUUUUGCAGGGGUCUAUGCAUUCUGGCAAACGGGCAAGGAUUUCCAGUUUAUAAAGUUUGAGCCUCGCUCAGAGGAGGAGGUCGAAAGACGAAAGAAGGAAGGGCUUGGGCUCUCCAUCAAACAACUUGAAACCAGAACACUUGAUUACACCCCGGAAGCAAAGGAAAGAAUAAGAAGGGGCUUGGAGGAGCAUGAAAAAGAGUUGGCAAAGAAAAGAGAGCAGGACAGCAAGUAG